AAAUACCUGACCUGCAGAGAGAAAGUUUAGUGUUUUUAAUUGUUCGGUAUUUUUUUUGUUGUUUCUCUUUCCUCAUUUUGUAGGUACUGAGGAGGAAGACUUGGGAGCUUGACUUUGUUGAAGAGCAUACAAUUCAGGCAAGGCCUUGAAGUUGGUGUGUAUUAGAUUGGAAUCUUAGAAGUUUCUGUUUGGACUCAAGAAAUGGAGGUAUAUGGCAAAUCUAUGGUUGCAGCUCCUGCAAAUGUUAUUUAUCUGUCAAGUAUUUUAGGCCAAGAUGGUCCAAUUCCCGUUCACAAAUGCGACUGGAAAUGUGAAAAUGAACAUGUUUGUGGAAAUAUGUAUCGCUGCAAGCUAACGGGGCUGACUCACAUCUGUGAUAAAAACUGUAACCAGAGAAUUCUGUAUGAUAACCAUAGCUCCCUUUGCCUAUCAAGUGGUCAAAUCUUUCCUCUUACUCCAGCAGAGGAACAAGCAGUGAGAGGUGUUCGCAGAAAGCUUGAUGCAGAGAAUUCAUCCACUGAUAGCUGCGGUUUUAAGCGUAGAAAGGAUGCACAAUACCAUCCUUCUCCUUUCGAGAGAUCUUUCUCAGCUGUCAGUCCUAUCUGCAGCCAAGUUGGAGAUGGCAUGGAUAUGAACUAGAUUCUACUAUAUAACUGAAAAGACUCUUUAUCAUUUCUCUUGUCUCUUUGAAGUUUUUUUACAUUUUCUAUUGGAUGAGUAUCGAUAACAGAACUUGAACAAUUAUGGAUUAGUUAUUGGUGGACAUGAUGUGUCCCCAUCUGCUGUAGGAAGUCAUUAUAUUUCUAGUAUUUAUGUAAUGUAGCAUUUAAAGUAGCUUGACUGUUGAAUGUGGAUUUGAGCAGGCUCUAAGUACACGUUUAUGACACUUGAAUUGAUUUCAAUUUCUCGCUAACCAUAGUGAGAAGCUAACUAUUAUAGCUGACUGCACGAUGUAUUCUGGCAUUUACGAUGGUUAAAUUUGAUUUGGACCUGAAUGUUGUAUGCAUGAGCAAUGUACUUAACCAUAACCCUUUUCUAACCGACUGUUAAGUUUCUAGUGUAUCUGUAAUCACAAAGCAGCCUUAUUCUAGUAUUAGUGUACUCAUUACUAAUACUACUCUCAUGAGUUGUAUUGUUUCACUUUCACUUUAGUUUUCCUUAAUUAUGUUAGAAUAGCACACAAUUAUUAAUUUUGUCCCUGCUGAUAAACCUAUUUAGGGUUAUAUUGAUAACCUUGACUUCUGCAAGCUCAGGUUAUCUCCAGUUCUUCUUCAUAUGAACAAAGUUGUUGGUAUGUUAUCUGGUGAAAACUGAUAUUGGUUUAGCUGCUUAACUACUCUUCCUAUUUCUAUUACAGGCUCAAGGGAGAUAAUCUAGUUCACAGUUUCAUAUAUCUUAAUUGUUUUUCUGUUUUCUUUUCUUUCUGUGAUUUGAUUGACAGUUGGCUGUCUGAGGUUAGCGUAACUUGUGCAGGUUUUGGAGCAUGUGCUAGGAAGGAGGGUUCAAAACAUUUGUUUUGCAAUACUGUGAUAAAUUCUUAUGAUAUAGAUUGCGCUAUGUUAUAACAUGAAAUAUUGAUAAAUGUCUUCUUUUCUUAAUGUAGGCACAGGCAUUGCAACUUAUGUUUGAGUCUGUCUUUGCUGAAGUUUGGAGAAGCCAACAUUAGUUUCGCUGUAAAAAGUUAAAAAGACUAAGCAGGUGAUCCUGCCUGACACUACAGAAUGUCAAUAGAAUUGAGACAAGAACUGUUAUGAUACUGUUCAGGGGUGAUACAGAGACACAGUAUGGAAAGCUGAAAAAGCAGGGAUGCCCAAUCUUAAAUAUUAAUUUAAAUUGAAAUUUCAGACCCAUUGUGUUUGUCUUCGAACAUGUGGUCUAUUUCUUGUAGACGGUGAGGUGACAUGACAUUGAGCAAAUAAAAGGAGGCUUAACAUUUACCAGGGAUACUUAGCAUCAUCAUCAUCACCAUCAAUCUGUCAAACCUGCAUAUUAAUCUUCUAUUCAGUGGAGGGUUGGAAUUAAUAACCUGGUUUUGAAAGUAAAUUCUACGAAUUGCCCUGUUAACGAAUACUGCUAAAUUUUAUACUUCUGUUAUAUUAUAAGCUAUGUAAAAAUUUAUUCUGUGAUUUUUGUGAAGCUAGAGGUUUGUAAUAUAACUUUUUUUUUUCCAACUUUUGGUAUCCUUAUUUAUGGCUUAUGCCAAGUUA